CCAUUUUGACAUUUUCCUUAAAAACCCGAAAAGAAGUUGAUGGUUGUGGAUGACAUGCUGACUGAAAAGAUUUGGGGGUUGUACGUAGCUUCUCAAACCAUAAGGGUCGAUUAUACAAUUUGAGCUAACCUUGUGGUAGUCCGCACUGACGCAACGAAACCCUUGAUCGACAAAACCCCCCUUCGAUCGUUGUUGAUCCUAUUUUGAUUGAUUUCCCCUAAAUUUAUCCACAUCUUACAUGUUUGAUUCUUUUGUUCACAAAUAGAAACGAUUAGAAGGUAGUAUUGACGCUCAUCAGCGAGCAAUGUCGAGAAUUUGGUCGAAGUUAACAGCCAUAGUCAGAAAUCGGACGUUUAUAGGAGCCGAUAAAGCCGGAAAUCAAUACUAUGUUCGUACUGAACAGAUAGACGGUAUCAUGAAGGAGAAACGAUGGGUAGAAUUCAAAGCCAAAGGGGAUGAUGAUCCGACUUCAAUUCCAGUUGAAUGGAUAUGUUGGCUGAAUGGGCAACGAAAGAUAGCUCCAACACCAGAGGAAAUGGCUAUGCUGGAGGCAAGGCGCCAACGUGUUAAAGAAAAUGUUGCAUUGCUGAAGAAGGAAGAGGAAGAAAGGAAAGCUAGGGAAGGCAGUGGUCGUAAAAUAACAAGCAUGGGAAAAGGUGAUGGCCCAGACCUCAAAAGUUUCAUUCAGCAGCUGCCAGUUGACUCACAAGAUAAUAAAUCUUCCACACAAACGAGUAUCAAGAAACAAAAGGAGAAGGAAAUUCAAGAUCAAGCAAAACAAGAUCGAGAGUCAGCAGAGCCGACAGGGUCAGGUGCGUCUUUUAGACCAGGCACGUGGCAACCUCCUACAUGAUUAUGGUUACUUGUUUUCAAAUUGAGACGUUUUGUAGACAUGUAAAAUUUUGAUUUACCAUCAUGACCCAUGAGUAGUGUGGGGUGAGGCACGUUUACCAAUGACUUGCUAAUGGAAUAUGUCUUAUGAGGUAUAUGAUUUAUUAUUUUAUGAAAUAUUUGGGUGUUAUUUGAUUUUAACACGUUUAAAUGGCACCAAGAUGGUGAUUAUGUA